AUGCAGUCUGAGGAGUCGUCACCAGAGCCUCAAUAUCGCCCGUCCUCGAGCGGCCUGCCAACAAUCAUCCUGAAGCCGCCCAAGGUGCCAUCUGAAGAUGACCUGACGCCGGAGCCAUCAGAUGUGGAUGAUGCAGAGGGCGAGGAGGAGGUUGAUGGCAGUGAAGCAAUGGGCACCGCGCCGGCUUCCAACCUGGACAGCGAGUCGGACGAGCAGUCGGAGGACGAGUUCGAUGACGAUGAUGGAGAUGAUGACCCCGACUUUGGCGCAAGCAAGAAGCCAAAGGGCAAGGGGCCUCCCAAGCUCAAGAAGUCCACAGUCGGCCUUUUCCCAUCAGCUGUCCGUCGCACUGGGUCCGACUCAUCGGACGAGGACUACGCCGCUAAGUCGCACAAGAAGAAGUUCCUUCAGCGAUCUGGUGCUCAGUCGCGCGGUACAGCAACCCCCGACACCAGCUUCGGAGCCUCUGACGACGGCUCCUCCUGGCGCCGCGGCGCGGCUCGCAAAGUCGUCACGUAUAACGAGGCCAAUGUCGAUUACGGACUUGACAGUGACGGCGAUGACGACAUGUUCUACGGGCGCGAGGCACCCAUAGAGAAUGGCGUUGCCGCCGACGAGAUCGACCUUGUCCUCUCCCAUAGCCGCGACGAGGAUCGCAAGAAUGACGAGGCAGAUGAUCCUCAGACCAACUUGCGAUUCCACAUCAAAUGGAAGGGCUACAGUCACAUCCACAACACCGAUGAACUGUACUCGUUCCUCAAAGGGUACAAGGGCUUCAAGAAGGUGGAAAACUACAUUCAGAAGGUCUGGCAGGUCGAGCAAGCAUAUCACAACCCGGCACCAGACGCCAAGUGGAAGCCCACGCACGAGGAUCUCGAGCAGUACGAAAUCGACCGGGAACGCAUCCGCGAGACGCAGGAGAGCUACAAGACUGUGGAACGUGUUGUUGGGGAGAAGGAGGAAAUGCGUGAUGGCCAGCGCGUAACACUCUUCUUUUGCAAGUGGACGAAUCUUCACUACGCCGAGUGCACCUGGGAAUCCUAUGAUGAGAUCAAGGACCAAGCUCAGGAGGCCAUCGCCGAAUACCAUGAACGUAUGGCCCGCCCCACCGUCCCCGCACGUUCAGCCAAUUACCCGAUUUACUCGCGACCCGCUUAUCAGAAGAUCGCUGAGGACCCCGAGUACCUGCAGUCGUGCGGCCAGCUCAAGCCUUUCCAACUCACAGGUUUAAACUGGCUUGCUUACUUGUGGUGCAAGGGCGGUCACGGUGGCAUGCUGGCGGACGAAAUGGGUCUGGGCAAGACUGUCCAGUCUGUCAGCUUCCUGUCCUAUCUCUUCCACACUCAGAAACAGUAUGGCCCCUUUUUGGUUGUCGUGCCCCUUUCAACGAUCAAUGCCUGGCAGAUGCAGUUCCGCACCUGGGCGCCGGACCUCAACGUCAUCAUGUACAUGGGCUCGGCCGCAUCGCGUGAGAUGAUCCGCCAGACUGAGUUUGGCCCGCCAAAGAACCUCAAGUUCAACGUGCUCCUCACGACGUAUGAGUUCAUCCUCAAGGACCGGGCCGAUCUUCAGCAGAUCAAGUGGCAGGCGCUUGAAGUCGACGAGGCACACCGUCUCAAGAACAGUGACUCGCAACUCUACGACGCAUUGCAGAGCUUUUCCACAGGAUUCCGCCUUCUUAUCACCGGCACCCCGCUCCAGAACAACGUCAAGGAACUUCUCGCUCUUUUGCAUUUCAUCGAGCCAGAGCAGUUCCAGCUGGCAAAUGACUUCGAGCUUGGCGAUGCAGAGCAGGAGCACAAGAUCAAGGCACUUAACUCGCAAUUGGAGACUCUCAUGCUGCGUCGCCUCAAGAAGGAUGUCGUGAAAGAGCUGCCCACCAAAUCGGAGUCGAUUCUGCGUGUUGAGAUGUCGGGUCUUCAGCAGCACUACUACAAGAACAUCCUCACGAAAAACUUCGCCGUUCUGAGUAAGGGCGGCACGCAGAGCGUUUCUCUCAUGAACGUCGCGAUGGAGCUCAAAAAGGCUGCCAACCACCCGUACCUUUUCGAUGGCGCCGAGGACCGCACUAAGCCGGUGCAUGAACAGCUCCGUGGCUUGGUGAUGAACUCUGGCAAGAUGGUUCUUCUGGACAAACUUCUGGCUCGCCUCAAGACAGACGGGCACCGAGUUCUGAUCUUCAGCCAGAUGGUUCGCCUGCUCGACAUCAUUUCGGACUACAUGGCGGCGCGUGGCUACGUUCACCAGCGAUUGGACGGCACUGUCCCCAGCGACGUGCGCAAGAAGAGUAUCGAGCAUUUCAACGCGCCUGGCUCGCCUGACUUUGCCUUCCUUUUGUCGACUCGUGCCGGAGGUCUUGGCAUCAACCUCGAAACGGCUGAUACAGUCAUUAUCUUCGACAGCGAUUACAAUCCCCAGAAUGAUUUGCAGGCGAUGGCACGCGCGCAUCGUAUCGGUCAGACCCGCCACGUCAACAUUUACCGUUUCGUUACCAAGGGGACAAUUGAGGAGGACAUUCUCGAACGCGCGAAGCGUAAGAUGAUCCUUGAGUAUGCGAUCAUUAAUCAGACGGACACAAGCGGUGGCCACAUCAACGGAACAUCAACUCCCAAAGAGAAGAAUGGAGACUUCUCGAAAGAGGAGCUGGCCGCCAUCCUGAAAUUUGGUGCGAAGUCAAUGUUCCAGUCUGAUGAGACCACGCAGAACGAGAAGCUUGACGCCAUGGACCUGGACGAUAUUCUCACCAAGGCCGACAACUUCGAUACGGAGGCAGCGGCCGCGCCAGCAGGAACAUCUUCCGGUGGUGAGGCGUUCUUGGCCCAGUUCGCUGCCAUCCAGGACGUAAAGAACGACGCCGACGACUUGAGUUGGGAUGACAUUAUCCCCGUUGACGAGCGCGUCAAGAUGGAUGAGGAGGAGAGCCGGGCUUUGCAAGCUGAGGAAUUGGGUACACGCAAGCGAGCAGCCGCUCGCGCUCCUGGAGCGUACGAGGGCAUGGACGAGGCGGAACCCGAGCUCCGUGACAGCAAGGCCCCUUCCCCCUCAGAACGCAAGACUAAAGUCACUGGCCCUCGGAAGAGCAAUGCUCAAAGGGCAAUUGAACUUAAGGACCGUGAUCUUCGCGUCCUCAUCCGAGGCUUGCAAAAGUGGGGCCCGAUCCGCACUCGGUAUGACACCAUCGUCGAGGAGGCCAAGCUGGUGUCCAAGAAUCGUGUUGUGAUCAUCCAAACGUGCGACGACAUCCUCAACCAGGCUGAGGAGGCGGUGGCUUCUCACAAGAACGAACUGCGCGCGAUGCAGGAACGAGGGGAGACAAUCUCGUCCUCGUUGAGGCAGAAGGCCAUCCUUUUCACCUUCCGCGGCAUCCAGGGUAUCAAUGCCGAGACCGUUGUCGCCCGCCACUAUGAACUCAAAGCAUUAGUGGAGCAUUUCAAGCGUGUGGAAGAUGUGGACAACUACGCUAUUCCGCACGACAACCUUAAGCCCACCAUGAACUGGAGCGUGGAGUGGGGACCCAAGGACGACGCGCGCCUCCUCAUCGGCAUCUGGAGGUACGGGUUUGGGGCGUGGGAAAGCAUUAAGUCGGACCCUCACCUUCAAUUGCAAGACAUGAUUUUCCUUGAAGAUCCCAAAAUGAAGGACCCGGGGGCUCCCAAGGCCGGUAUUCCCGGACCGAUCCACCUUGUUCGCCGAGGCGACUACCUCUGUGGUAUUAUCAGGGAAUACGAGGAGAACCGUCGCAUGCUUAUCGAGCAGCAGGCGGUUAUCGCGAACAUGCCCGUUAAGGAAGGGUUCGGGUACGACCACCCACCCCUCCCCUCCGCCUCGGCCGCGCCGUUUAAGCACUCGUCGGCCACACCGUCGGCUUCCAAGAGUGUCGGCGGCGGCGGCGGCGGGAGCAGCGUUGGUGGCGCUGGCACUGAUAAGGGAAAGCGACGCAAGACGCCGGAGUACACCGACUCUGAGGACGACGAGAGCUACGACUCCAUGGACGAAGACGCUGUUAAGGAGUUGUUGAGGCCAGCAAAGAAGCACUUGAAGAAGCUCAAAUCUGGUACAGAAAGCCUAUCUCGCGAGGAGAAGAUCGCCGCGUUGAAGGAGUGCGUGGCCGGCAUCGGCUCCCGAAUCGACGAGAUCGUUGCCGAGAAGGCGUCGCAGGGGCAAGACGGCAAUAAGUGGCGUAAACACUGCUGGGUAUUCGCCUCCUUUUUCUGGCCUCGACAGGGCGUCAACUACCAAAAGCUCAUGGACAUCCACUCGAAACUGGCCAAGGAGACAAGUCCAGCGCCAAAGAAGGCGAAGCGAAAGGGAGAAGCAGCCGAGGGCGGAGGAAAGAAGCGUGUCAAGAAGGAGAUGGACUAG